UUCUUAGUAACAGGUUAGAAAGACUUUGCAAAUAUGGCAUACUCCAUUUCCAUAACCUUAAGCUAUCAUCAACAACCGAAUUGAAAAAGUAUUCAAGGUUUAAGAUAAUUAUAUUAGUGUGUUUUUGGUAAAGAAAAGGAAGCUUCUCUAUUUCAAAUUGUUUUAUUUUGAUUUAGCAAAACGGCGAAAGACCUACUCCAGAUUCCUCUAGGAACUGCUUAGAAAUAUAUUGCUUUUUAAUUGGGACAUGUUGGACUAAAAAAAUAGUGAAAUGCAGCUUGAAAAUGGCAAAGAAAGGGCUAUAAUGGAAAAAAGCAGUCGGAAAAACAAGCGAUGGAAUAGGGUUAUAUUCUAUUAAGGUUUACGGACAUUGAACGAUGUUGCGAAGAAGGCGAAGGAGAAGUAGAACCCACAUGAAAAGUCCACAUAAAGAAUAUAUAGACAGAGUAUGUUCCAAUGAAAAGAUAUCAACGGCUUUAUCAGCUGAAUACCAAGGGCAGAAGUAUGGUUGUCAGAAAUUUCUUAAUGAAAGUCAAUCUAAUGAACGCGGUUUUUAUAGGAUGAAAUACUGUACUAUGAAAUAUUGAAUACACAUGAAGGUUAAGAAAUUACUCAUAAGAUCCCUUGAUGGUUGAUGUUGAGAUUAAAAAAGAAAUUUCAAGAAUGAAGUUUGACUGUAGUCUUGAUUCAAAUGUAUUUUUAUAGCUGUGGCCUUCAAUUCCGAGAGUCUUUAGGGCGUAGCAACGCCAAAUUUCCCUAGGGGCUACACCCCCAGAACACUGACCCUCUCUUCCUUGAAAGGCCCUUCACUUAAAACCAGGCUUCGUCAUUGGCAAGACGACAAUUCCCGAUCUGUUUCAUGAAGCUUCCAGCGCCUUUGCUAUGAGACCGUUCUUCGUAUCACUUUAUAUAAAGUUGUGACGUCACAACACGUUUUCUAUUGUUUAGGGCUCCACUUAGUGUUUUCUGACUGGCAUUGCCCGUAUAAUUUUUGUUUGUUGGUUUGUAUGAAUUUUGCAAGGUAGAUUGUCAAUAUUGACUUUGAGCUUCCCAUUUGCACCAUGGUAAUAGUGAUUUUGCCGAACUUUGCAUGUAUUUUCGAAAUUUGCCCAGAUGACUCAAAUUUUCUGGUUUUAAAGCUGCAUAGAGUUUGGAACGGAAUAGGACACAUGAGUGCGAUCGAGAAAUACAAGAUUAGACAUGAAAUGAAAUUGAAACUGUAGGAAAUGGCCAUGUUUUUCAACCAAAGCUCAACCGUAACCAACAUCACCACAGAGAAAUUGAACACAACUCUGAUGCCAGCUGUUUUGAAGACCUUGACGUCCUCAUCAGCUCCAUAUGGCUACAUUUUGUCACAAUAUUCGACGGGUAUAAGAUACACUUACAUAACAUUGCUUCUCAUUACUGUAGUUAUGAUUAUUGUAGGAAAUAUAACAUUGAUUGCUAUUAUCUGUUUUUACAAAAAGCUCCAUACGGCCACGAAUGUAUUCAUCGCAAACUUGGCGAUAGGCGAUGCAAUAAUCGCAUUUACGGUUGUGCCGUUCGAUGUCGAUCAGCUAAUUCGCGGGUAUUUCGCGUUUGACAAGAGAAUCUGCGAAGUAUCAAACACUAUAUUUUUUCUCUCUUUACCGGCCUCAACUGUCAACCUCUCGAUACUGACAUUCGAGAGGUUUUGUGCGAUACGGUUUCCGCUGCUGCACAGAACUGGUCGGUUGUUUACGACGAAGCGGAACAUUGCGAUAAUCGUGUGCGCUUGGGUCUACACAUCAGUGACGGCCUGCUUGCCGAUAAUGGGCUGGCGAAGCUUCCCAACAAUUGUUUCAGGAGGGCAGUGCUUCUUCUUUUUCGAAAUCGAAUAUGCAGUCUUCCAGUUAAUAGCAAAUUUCAUCUUUCCAUUGCUUUUUAUUGUUAUCAUGAAUAUCUGGAUCCUGCAAAUCGCUCGGAGAGAUUUUGGAAAGAAACUCACGUCGAGGAAACAUUCAGCGUCUGGAGCCCGGGCGAUGCUACGAAAAAAUUCACAUGGAAGUUCCAAUUCAAAGCAAAAGUCAGUGGAAUCGGCCAUAAAAAGAAAAAUUUCGCGAAGUGGCUCAACAUCAACCCAAGAUGCAAAUACGAAAGCUGCCAAGAUUAUCGCUAUGCUCGUUGGAGUCUUUGCUUUUUGCUGGAUGCCUUACAUAAUCAACCUUGCAGCUAAUAUAGCUUGUAAAGGGUGUUCUCCCGAAGAGGUGACAACAGCCACAAUGAUUCUAGUAUUCUUCAAUUCAGCAAUCAAUCCAAUUCUUUACGGUAUCUAUAAGCCGCAAAUUCGUUCUGCCUUGAAAGAGGUGUACAACGCUUUAUGCCAGUGCAUGAACAGAAGACGAGGGUACGAAAACCACCAUGUUGACAAAGAGGUCGAACUGACGUGUGUUUGAGGCAGACUGUUUGCCAAAGGGGGUUACUGAUUCAGUAAGUUGAUCAACGCCUUUUACUUUGAGAAGAACCAAGACAUCUGAAAAGCUGCUCAAACAUUGCCAUCGUUACUAUAUUACCAAUUCGGUAAAAGAAAUAUAAUGCAUAGAUAUUGCAUUAGAAUAAGAGCUUAGAAAUUCAUCUCUUCUAGUUCGAGUAAAUGUCUUUUUAGAAUUAAGUAUCAUGGUUAGUUUCAGAGUUGAUAUAAUAACCAAGAUUUGUCUCCAUCAAGUUGUGGAUAAAUUGGUAGAUUCUUUCAAUAUGAUUUUCAAACACUUAACUUCAAUUUGCUUCCUAAGUGUUGCUAACAGUAGGACUAAAGCCAUAGGGUCCAUUUUAACAGUUUUCUAAGGAUUACUAACAGCAACAUUAGGGCUGUAGUGAUAGGAAAAUAAUAGGGGGGGGGUGAAAAUAGGUCUAGAGGUAAACACCCAGGAAUAUUUGUUUGGGGACUAUUUGUUCAGGAUGAUCUUAAUAUGCUUUUUUUUGCAUUAUAUCACAAAUGUUAUUCAAUGUUAUCUCACAAAUGCAGAAGACGGUUAUUCACUAACUUGAUUAUGAGGAUUCUCACAAUGCUUACAUGACGUGCCUGAUUUCGGAAGCUUGAAAUUCAGGUGAUUCUAUUUUAUUUAAGCCUGAAAUCUUAUAAACGAAACGUCUGAAUCUAAACCGGGAUGACCUGAUCUUAUCUUAAAGCUGAACUCUGAAAACAAAUUCAUAACACUCAAAGAUUUCUGAACCUUGAAAUCAAAUUUUGCAUUUUGAGUUUAAUUACAUUAAACUUGACAAAUAAGUUUGAAGUGAACUCCGAAGCCCUGACAUUUAUAUUUCACAUCUAUAUUUUUAAUGUAAAAUUUUAUCAGGUGCAUUUUUAUUACUGUUUACUCUAGGUUAGGUUUUGUUUAGUUUACUUUCUUUAUUUUCAUUGGAAAUACACCAUUUGAAAUCUUCACCAAAUGAUAAUAUUCGCUCUUUAUGGAAAAAUACCAGCAGUAGCACAAAUAUACAAUAUGAUAUAUAUAGGAACACCAAAGAAGCAUUAAAGGCUGUCCAGCAUGAGCAUAAAGAUCGUCUGCAAAACAUCCUAACCUCCCAAGGAUCUUUAUUAUCACAUCUCUUUAACCAGAAACUUCCACAAAUAAACAAACUUUGGUCCAAGGUGCAAAGUAGCAUGCCUCAGAAUAUUUUAAAUUUCACCAUAAGGUACCUGAACAAUACUCUGACUGUUCUUUCUGUUUUCUGCCAGAAACCCUCCUUCACGUUGUUGCUGGCUGCAAAACAUAUCUGGAUCAAGGCCGAUACACCUGGUGACAUAACUCUAUCCUAAACUUUCUAGUUACGUCACUAAAAGCUGUCAAUGAAUCUACCAUCUACGCUGAUAUACCUGGUUUUUUAUCACCAUCAAUCAUAACUGGAGAAAACC